CGAGGUUGCAAGUGCCGUGCAUCCGGGAACCGAGGCUCUGGCGCCGAGCAAAAGGAUUUUUUAUAUUUUCAGAGUAAUCCCCAAACGGCCAAGGUCUUCCACCGAGGGACGAAAUGCUCAGAAGGAACGCCAGGUAUUUCCGCAUGCUGGUGCUCGCCGGCGCCUCCUUCUGCGUCCUCAUGUGGGCCAGAAACCUCCGGCAGCAGCCCAUCAGCGUCCAAGCGCAGAGCCGCGACGCCCCGAGCGACGCCCGCGCCCCCAGCCCCAGCCAGGCCCCUCCGGCCGAGACGCGGGGCGACAACGGCACGAGCGGGGCCGAGCUGCCGCCUCCCGUCGCGGAAGCGGAGACGAGCUGUCAGCAAUCGAUCCUCGCGAGUCUUGACGACUUCUACGAGUUCAUUCACAGAAUCGACAUGAAGUGCACAAACCUAAUGCAAAUGGCAGGACCCACAGACAACACGCUGUUAGAGGGACGCCGCGUGUGUGUUGAUGCCGAGUACUUCACGAGAGGCCAGUGCCUCGCGUACCUCUUCGGCAUCAAGGGAGACUGGACGUUUGCCGAGGAGGUUGAAAGGAAGCUCGGUUGCAAGGUCUUCGUCUUCGACCCGUCCAUCGAGCAGGACGGCAGGAACCUCUCCUCCAGCAUCGCCUUCUACAGGUUGAGUGUGUCUUCGGAUUUCGGCGUCUCAGGGGACCCGCCGAAGAAGGACCAGCUCCGGCGAAUCAUGGAGAUGCUAGGUCACGAGGAAUCGACCAUUGACCUGCUGUGGGUCGAUCUGCCGGCCGGCGAAGAACUGAUGCUGCUGGAAGACCUGCUCUCCUCGUCCCAGCAGGUCAUCGGGAGCAUCAAGCAGAUUGGGAUCGAAGUCCAUCCCAUGAAUGAGGGCCUGACAGAGAGGAUCCGCAAGUACUGGCACUAUUUCCAGCAGCUGACGUGCCACGGCCUGCGCCUCGUCACCCGGCAGCCCAACAUCGAGUACGAGAAUCUGUUUAAAUGGAACAACAGAACGAGGUCUAAGAUGUACGAGCUGCUGUGGGCGAGAGAGAUUUAGAUUCUGAGAUUUAGUUGUUUUUUUCUCUCUUUUCUUUUCUUUGUGAGGAUUUUUUUUAUUUUGUUUGUUUUUUGUUUGUGGGUGUCGGUGGUGUUUUAGUUGUUUGUUGUUGUUUUUUUUCUUUGGUUAGGAAUUUUGCAGAUUUUUGUGUUGUUUAUGUGUAGAAUGUUCCUCUAUGAUGGCCGUUGCAACACCGUGGUCAAUAAACUGCCAAUUUUAA